CUCCGUGCUGCUCUCCCUUUGCCUUCAAGUUUCAGAAACCCUUACAGCGAUGUCUCUCCCGCACAGCGGCGUCUUGCUUAUGCCGUUGAUAUCCUUCUCUCCAAGCCGAUAGAUUGUGGUGAAGCAUUUUGAAACUUUCACAAUCAGGUGUGCUUGUUGCAGCUUUAUUUUAAUUUAUUCCCGACGUGGCUUCUGCAUUGGCAUUUGGUCUUGGCCACGUUCGGAAGAACACAAUCCCCUUCGACAAGCUUUGACCUGUAAGCCUACAGUUCUCCAAAUGGAGGUCUCGCUGAUUGAUUGGAAAUGUUUAGCUUAAACCAUGGCGCAUUCCAUUGAUCAAUCCGCAGCAUGUUGAUAUUGUGAAAGCCUCCGAAGCCUGAACCAUUCCCCCGACCCCGAGCCUUCCUUCACCAAUCUCUCUGAACCUUUCACAGGAAAACCACGAUGAUGAUGGAGUCGGGAGAGAUCAAAAUGCGGUUUGGCCGGUGCCCAUACUGCCGCACCAUGAUCUACCAGAACCCUGAAGCGGCCAUCUUCUUCUGCAGCAAAUGCCGCACCCCGAUCAGAGGCAAGAACACUGUGCCGACGGAAGAAAUCGACCAGGCCCUGAGCAGGCAUGAGAUCCUCUCAGUGGACACUGCGUCGGUGUUCUCCGAUGAACUCGAAAGCUGUCACAGCAAGCUUGCUCCGGGUGUCGACCUCGACGGCGAUCAGCCUCUGUUAUUCCACCAUGACAUUAUUGCACCUCCGCGUUCCUCCGCGCCGGCACCAGAUGGAGGAUUCGGUUCCGUACGGCGGCGUCAUUCUCUUAGCAAUGGCGCACCUAGUGGUGCCCGAUGUGACGAUGGCUUCGCUGACUCAAUUGAUCAAGAUAGGCUCCGGCCGUUCUCCCGACGAACGAGGCGCCCGUCGGGCUCUGACUCUGAUUCCAGCGUUCUUCGUUACGGCAUGCUGAUGACAACGGAUUCGGAGGCGGAGGAAGGGUUCUCUUCGCCGUGGAACGCGUGCGAGCGGCGGCGGCUGCGGCCGCGCCGGAGAUCGCUCCUGGGAUCGCAAGCGUUCGAGACACCGAUCGGUUCGUCAGGACAGGAGCCGUAUGGCGUCGCGCCGUCGCCGCUGAGGGACCCGGCGUUCAGCAACGAUCUGGUCAACGCGCUGGACAACCUCCGAGGACUGAUCGCCGCCGCUAUCGAGCCGGCGUCGAGCAGCAGCAGGAGAGCGUCUGCGCCGCGCGACGCCCACUUGUUCCGGCAGCUAGAGUCGCAGCUCGCGCGAGCGCGGGCGUUGCACAUCGAUGGGCGCGGUCACCGCCGGAACGCGAGCAGCACCGGCUCCUCCUUGUCGUCCUCUGGGGGCUACCGCAGCGAACGGCGGAAGAACCACUGCCGCCCGGUCAUGGGCGGCGCGCCGUUCCUAGUCUGCGGGAGCUGCUCCGAGCUGCUGCAGGCGCCGGCCACGACGGGGCUGCCACGUGAAAAGGUCGUCAGGCUGCGGUGCGGCGGGUGCGAGGAGGUGCUUGAGAUGACGGCGGUGACCGCGGGUGCCGGUGGCUCGGCGCCGCACAAGAAGACUCGGGCGUUGUCCCCGCCACCGAUAGCGGACCCCUGCAGUUGCAACAGCGGCGCCGGCGCGUGUCGGGACGGUGCGCAGCCGCUGCCGCCACAGCCGCUGCACCGCGCGUUGGGGUACAGUUCGCCAAGCCCGCUUCUGCAGAGCCGGCGCUAUUGACCGAUUUGGAGGGGAUUUCACUUUUUUUUUGCUUUUCCCAGCAUUGAUGUUUUGGUUAAAGAUUCUUAUAUCGUAUAUACUCGCUCCGUCCUAAAUUAUAAGUUA